AUGAAUGGUCCUAAAAGCUGGGGUGGCUUGCGAUGGGAUGCUGCAUGCAAUCGCUCGGAUAUGAAAGCAAAGUAUUGGAUUCUUCCGCAAGAGCGAACAACUCAGCCUCACGAGAAUCCGGCUAUUCCGUUAAGCUCGGAGCGGACGGAUGUCAAUAAGACCGAGGUCCAUUGUACGUCAGACAUCUCGCGGUCAGCUGUGACUCAUACACAAAAGCAGCGGCUCAGUCUAUGA